GCCGGCGCGCGCGCAGUUAUGUGAGUGACAAAAUUGAAAGUGACGAAAUGGAUUGUAUCAUGAAGUAUUUUUUAUGUCUCCUUGGAUUACACGUUGUCAAAAUAUACGGGAGUGAACCACCAAUGAAAUAUAACCUCCUAGUAGACAUUCUGGACAACAAUUCAAUUGAAAAUAUAGAACAUGUCGAUGGGCCAGAUAAAGAAGCAUACAGGAUAAUAAACGACAAAGUACUAUCGAUGAAACUAGACAAACUAUCGGAAUCUGAACCUUUGAGGACACUAAAAACACCCUUCGAAAUCUACGCAAACGUAGAAAUAACGAAAGAUUCAGGAACUCUCUUCUUGAUCAAGAAUGCUGAUGCAGACGAUGAGUCCUUGUACCUGUCCUUGAAGUUUUUGCCAGCCGGCGAAGAGCUGAUGGGUAUUGAGCUAAAUUUCGUCAAUGGUAUUUCGAUCGCAUUCGAAUACGUAUUAAGCGAAAAAGACCGAGAAUGGGUGAGGUUCGCUUUUCACGUCGAAGAAGAUAGUGUUAGUAUGGUAAAGAAUUGUGAAUUUGAUGAAAAAGAUAAGGAACCGCUGGAUCCACCAAUCAAAGAAGUCGCUUUUCUGCACGAGGCUGUACUUUUUGUUGGAAAAUCACACGAGAACGAUUCGGAGUUGUUCAAGGGGGCUAUUCAAGACUUGUUGAUACUACCGAACCUGAAAAUCUACAACCAAGAGAUGAUCUGUAAGGAUGAUAAACUACCUGAUAGUACUCACAGAGAACGCCCGCCAGGAAAGUCUUUCUUAGAUAGCAGUUAUAUUCGUGACGAUGAAAGCAAAAUUGGAAAAAAAGAAGCUGAAAAAGGAGAAAAAGGCGAUCCCGGUACAAAGGGCGAAAGAGGCGAAAGGGGUGAAAAGGGUGAAAGAGGGGAAAAGGGUGGAAUGGGUGAACCGGGCGCAUCUAUCACGGGGCCAAGAGGACCACAGGGACACGCGGGAGCAAUUGGACCAAAAGGCCCAGAGGGGACAUGCAGUUGCUCGAAAGAGGUGGUUUCCAAUUUAUUACUAAGUAUGCCAGAGAUGAGAGGACCACAAGGACCUCGAGGGGAAAGAGGAGAAAAAGGGGAAGAUGGUGACGAUGGAGCUACGGGAGCAACUGGUAAUCCGGGUGAAAGGGGACCACAGGGUGAACCGGGUAAGCACGGAGAUCCAGGUCGAGAUGGAAUACCCGGUAGAGACGGUAAAGAUGGACCAAAAGGGGAACCGGGGAAAGAUGGUGCUCCCGGCUUACGAGGACCAGUAGGACCUCCAGGCCCACCAGGCCCUCCAGGACCAGUGCCAAAGGAAAUAGAAGUCGCAAAGGAACCAGCGCUGGUGGAAAAAGGUGACAUGGGUCCACCGGGGCCUCCGGGUGUGGAAGGACCGAUGGGCAAAAUCGGAGAAAAGGGAGAGAAAGGAGCUAGUGGAGAAAAGGGAGCCAAAGGAGAUACGGUAAUACAUAAGGGAAUAGAUGGGGCACCAGGCCCUAGUGGUGAAACAGGUGCACCAGGGGAGAAUGGUAUUCCUGGAACACCUGGAAAGCAUGGACGUCACGGUGAAAAGGGAGACAGAGGUGACAAAGGUGACAGAGGUGACGUAGGUCCUGCGGGGGCACCGGCAAGAUUAUCUUCUAUACUGGAUGCUAACAUAGAUCAUCUGGAGUAUACCGCAAUAAUCAAAAGAUUUAAAGGGGCUAGAGGAGAUGACGGGAAAGAUGGACAAAAGGGUGACCGAGGUGAAAUAGGGCCAAUUGGUCCUAUUGGACCCCCGGGAAAAGAUGGUCUUCCCGGUCACAAGGGGUCUAGAGGUCAUACAGGUGCACCUGGAGAGAAGGGUACAAGAGGUGAAAAGGGUGAAUCGGGACCUCCUGGACCACCUGGAAAUGUCGCACAAUCUGAAAUUACUCUCAUGAAAGGUCCUAAAGGAGACAGUGGUCAAAAAGGUGCAAAAGGGGAUAGAGGAAGUAGAGGAGGAAGUGGUCCUCGAGGGUGGAAGGGGGAGCCUGGGUCCAGAGGAAUGCAAGGACAAAAGGGUGAAAAGGGUGACAGGGGUGAACCCGGCAAAGAUGGAUUGCCGGGACCAGUAGGUCCUCGUGGCGAGUGCAACUGGCACAACGUGACCGUACCACGUGGUCCGCCUGGACCACCUGGACCCCCCGGACCACCAGGAGUCUCCCUUACUGGUCCUAAAGGCGAACCCGCGUCGGUGAACGUUGACAAUUAUAUCGAAUACGACGAAGUUGAUCCAGAUACCUUCCUAAAUGACGACGACUUUUUCAUGGCGACCACGGUUAUGCUGUUCAAAUCUAAAAUGGGUUACAUAAAGAAAACUCACACUAUUCGUUUGGGAACACUCGCGUAUGUUUUAGAUGAAGAUGAAUUGGUCUUGCGGGUGCAAAAAGGAUGGCAGCCGGUGCUGCGUACAAAACGAAAUAUUUUAAGCUCAAAUAGAAUCCAGCCUCCAUCAACACCAAGGCCUUCUCUUCCUGCACGGCAGCAAACCACUUCGCAAAGUAGUUAUAUUCGAAUGAUAGCGCUAAACGAGCCAUACUCGGGCAACAUGUUGAGUAGAACCAAUCGAACUGGCAGGAGUGCUGUGGACCUGGCGUGCCACACAGAAGGCGAGAGACUCGCCAUUAGUGGAAAAUUUGUGGCGUUCCUAUCAACCAAAGAAGAAGACUUGAACGUGGUGAUCAAGAACAGCCUUUACAAGUCAAUUCGGGAUAUUCCUAUAGUGAACCUCCACGGGGAUCAGAUGUUCCCCUCCUGGAGGACUAUCUUCGACGGAUCACAGGCUCCGUUUUCUACAAAUAUCUACAGUUUCAGCGGUAGAAAUGUGCUGAAGGAUAAUGUAUGGCCAAACAAAUCAGUGUGGCAUGGAAGCAACGCGUUUGGCCUACACAAGCAGGCCGACUCCUGCGACGAGUGGUCCAGCAAAGGGCCGCAAAGAUUCGGAGCUGCAUCUCCACUCUACAAUCAUAGAUUGUUAGAGCAGAAUAGAUAUUCCUGUGAUAAGAAACUCAUAGUGCUAUGUAUAGAGUCAACACCGCAAAGACGGAAAGAACAAAUAAGAAGAAGAAGACAUAACCAGUAUGCAAGACAUCGACACAUGGAAAGACACAUUGAUUCACUUUAUUAAUAUUAUGCUAAAUUAUAUUUAGAAUUAUAUAAUUCAAUGUACUAAUAUUUUAUUAGGGCACUUUACACUGCAAUAUGAAAAGACGAUGCGAUGCUUUUCUAAAUAAUUGAGCUAUUUUAAACUGGAAUGGUUUGUCAUUCCCAUGCCGCAGUCGGCUGUUCUGUUAAUUUUUGGAUGGAUGGAUGGCUUUGUUUAAAAAUUAUAGAGGUAGGUACAUCGCAAUAAUUCGAAUCGCGUCGCUCGUCAAGGUGAAAUGUAAACUGGCCCUUAGAGUCAAAACUACAUGGCAAUUUCAAUAUAAAAUAAUGUAAAAUGUCAAAGUCUAGAUUAUAAAAUUAUCUAUUUACAUUGCGAAAUUACUGUCUUGUUACAUCCAGUAUCUACUCUAAGACUGGCCAUAGACGGACCGCAAGUCGCAGUCGGGACCGAGUGCUCUAGAGCGGUCGCGUUGAAGUCGUACACGACUGCAACACGACCGCAUCAUGCAGUCGACUAUAUAUAACUUUGUUGCUCGACCGCACCGCGGAACUCGACCGCAGAGCGACUGCUCCGACCUCUCAAGAACUGCUCGAGCGGUCCGUGUAUUGCGGAUAUGAAUUUAGUAUGGAAACUGCAGAUCGCCGUGCGGCAACAGCAUCUUGCAGUCGGUUCUCGACUGCAUGAUGCGGUCAGUCUAUGGCCGGCCUAAGAAUAUUGUGAGCGUGCGUUCUCUGCAAGCAGUCUACCAUGAAUCUGGUGUACUGUAAUAUGUAAUUCAUAUUGUAGAAUUACUGUUCAUAGUUAAGGUAAAAGCCCUAGUUGUGCUAUACUAAAACUUAAGUUAUUUACUUUAGAAAGUUAUUGUAAUGUUCGUUUACACUAUUUAGUUGCGUAUUUGCAAAAGCUAGAAUUUAUUUAACUUUUAUUAGGUUGUUUUAGUAGUAAGCUGACUGGCUGGCUAAAAUGGUCGCUUUGAAGAAUCAUGACAUGAAUCAUA